CGCCAGGGCGUGAGCCGCCCGAGGCGAAGCGGGCCGCGAGGGGUGGAGCGGGGCGGCCCCUGCCCGCGCGGCUCCGGCAGCACCGAGUAUGGCAACUUCAUAGAUAAUAUGAGAGUCCAUGUGAAAGGAGGCACUGGCGGAAUGGGCUACCCUCAUUUCGGUGGAGAAGGAGGGAGAGGCGGUGACGUCUGGUUUGUAGCUAGAGAAAAAAUUAACUUGAAGAGCAUUAAAGCCCGAUAUCCCCACAAGCGGUUUGCGGCUGGAAGCGGAGCCAACAGUAGUGUCAGAGCACUGAAAGGUGAUAAAGGAAAAGAUUGCGAAGUUGGUGUGCCUCUGGGAAUUACAGUCACCAGUGAUGAUGGAAAAAAGAUUGGAGAACUUAAUAAAGCAGGAGACAGAUUAUUGGUAGCUCGUGGUGGUCUUGGUGGUGAUUUGGUUACGAACUUCCUGCCUUCCAAAGGCCAGAAACGAAUUGUUCGUCUUGAUCUCAAACUUAUAGCAGAUGUUGGCUUAGUUGGAUUUCCAAAUGCAGGAAAAUCCUCCUUGUUAAGCAAGAUUUCUCAUGCCAAACCUCAGAUUGCAGAUUAUGCAUUUACAACAAUAAAACCUGAACUUGGAAAGAUUAUGUAUCCAGAUUUUAAACAGAUCUCAGUAGCUGAUCUUCCAGGAUUGAUUGAAGGUGCUCAUGCAAACAGAGGAAUGGGUCAUAAAUUUCUCAAGCAUAUAGAAAGAACUAAACAACUUCUCUUUGUUGUUGAUGUCUCUGGCUUUCAGCUCUCUCUUAAAACUAUGUUCAGAACAGCUUUUGAAACUAUUCUGCUUCUUACAAAGGAGCUAGAGUUAUACGAUGAGACACUUCAGACAAAGCCUGCUCUUCUUGCUGUGAAUAAAAUGGACUUGCCUAAUGCACAGGAUAACCUGCAUGAAUUUAUGAAACAGUUACAGAAGCCUCAAGACUUUUUCCACUUGCUGCAGAAAGAGAUGAUUCCACAGAGCACCAUAGAGUUUAAAGAUAUAAUCCCGGUCUCAACAUUUACUGGAGAAGGAAUUGAGGAACUGAAAACCUGUAUAAAAAACUCACUAGAUGAAGAAAAUGAGAAAGAGAAUGAAGACUAUCACAAAAAGAAACUUUGCAUUUUGCAGGCUUUGGAAGUAUAGCAAAUAAUUAAAUGCUGGAAUUCA